AUGAACUCGCUAUUCAACCUGGCUAGCCGCCAAAGUGCGGCCAUCCAUGCUGACUUGGACAAGUACAAGGCGGAUCCAAGUGCCGGGUCGUCGAUGCGCGCACAGAUUAUGGCCGCCCUCUCGGCACUCGUAAAGACCAUUGAGGAUUAUGAGGCCAUGGCCAAGCGUGAGCUGGUCAUUGCGAAGCGCGAAAAGGCGCUGGCGCGCGCUAGCAACUUCCACAGCGAGGUGAAACAGCUGCGGGAAGAGCUCGCGUGCAUCGAUGCUCAGACGCGGUCACAGCCAACGGCGGUAGCUCACAACAUGGCUCCCAUGAGCACCACAGCGCGUGCUCGCACCAUCGAUACCAGCCAAGGCGGGUCAGAGCCCAUGCCCCGAAUGGCUAUGCAGCCGACAUACACGGCGCCUACCAUGCCUACGUCGUUUGCACCGCCCUCUAUGAUGCCAAACUCAUUCCAAUUCGCCCCGCCCUCACACGAUCCGCUAGCGGCGUACCGUAUGCAUCAAACGAAUGGGGAGAUGUAUACAGGUGAAGACAGGCCUUACAGUAUGAGGGAAACGCAUGCACUGCGGGAACACUCUUUUAUUCAAAACACAGAAGCUCAGCUUGACGCGUUUAUUGCCCAAGGUCGGUCGGUGUUGGGGAACUUGGUCGAGCAACGCAGCAUUCUCAAGGGCACACGUAAGCGUUUGCUGGAUGCUGCUAACACUGUCGGUCUGAGUCGUGAACUGAUUGGAUUUAUCGAUCGCAUGAGUACGCAAGACACGAUUAUCUUCUUUGUGGGAGCCGCCUUCACCUUGUUCGCAUUUUACAUGAUAUACCGAUGGUUCGGUUAG